GUCUAGGAACAUCACUGACAACUAUUAGGAGUCAGACAGGGCAGACAACCUCAUCUGACUUGUGCUGUGCCAAGCUCCGCUGACAAAAGCAAACAUGUGUGAAUCAUACACCAAAGAAAAGACUAUGGAGCUGAGAAAAAAACACAUUGGUCCAUCAUGCAAAGUGUUUUUUGCAAAAGACCCAAUCAAGAUAGUGCGUGCCAAGGGGCAAUACAUGUUUGAUGAAAGAGGAGAAAAGUACCUGGACUGCAUAAACAAUGUCGCUCAUGUUGGACAUAGUCACCCUGAAGUGACAAAGGCUGCAGUGAGGCAAAUGGAGAUGCUUAACACAAACUCAAGAUUCCUGCAUGAUAAUCUAGUUCAGUAUGCAGAGAAACUGACAGCCACACUGCCCGAGAAGCUGUCCGUCUGCUAUUUUGUUAACUCAGGUUCUGAAGCCAAUGACCUUGCGCUACGUUUGGCUCGACAGUACACUGGUCACCAUGAUGUCAUAACAUUAGACAACGCUUACCACGGUCAUGUGACCUCUUUGAUUGACAUCAGUCCUUACAAAUUUCUUCAGCUGGGAAAGGAAGCAAAGAAAGACUUUGUACAUGUGGCUCCUUCUCCUGAUACCUAUAGAGGGAAGUACAGGGAAGAUCACCCAGAUCCUGCUGCAGCUUAUGCUGAGGAAGUUAAUCAAAUCAUUCAGGAAGUCCAGAAAAAUAAUCGCCAGAUCGCUGCCUUUAUUGCUGAGUCCAUGCAGAGUUGUGGAGGGCAAAUUAUCCCACCAGCAGGCUACUUCCAGAAAGUGGCAGAGCUGAUCCAUAAAGCUGGAGGAGUCUUCAUAGCUGACGAGGUUCAGGUUGGCUUUGGACGUGUUGGAAAGAACUUCUGGAGUUUUCAGCUUCAAGGUGAAGACUUUGUACCAGACAUAGUUACCAUGGGAAAGCCAAUCGGCAAUGGACACCCCAUGUCAUGCGUUGUCACAACUAAGGAGGUUGCUGAGGCCUUUGGUGCUUCUGGACUGGAGUAUUUUAACACUUUUGGGGGAAACCCAGUAUCCUGUGCUAUUGGUCUGGCUGUGCUGGAUAUAAUUGAAAAAGAAGAUCUCAGAGGAAAUGCCACAAAAGUUGGGAACUAUCUAAUUGAGCUGCUAAAUGAGCAAAAAGAGAAACAUCCGAUGAUAGGUGAUAUCCGGGGAGUGGGCUUGUUUGUUGGUGUAGAUCUGGUGAAGGACAGAAAAUUAAGAACUCCAGCAACAGCAGAGGCCCAGCAUAUCAUCUAUAGACUAAAAGAAAAACGAAUCCUUCUUAGUGCAGAUGGACCGUACAGAAACAUUCUGAAAUUCAAGCCUCCUAUGUGCUUUACAAUGGAGGAUGCAAAGCUUGCCGUGGAUGCAAUCGAUGAGUUACUUACAGCGUUUGAAGAAGCUACUGGAAGCAGACCUGAAGUUCCUGUUCCAGAAAAUAAAGUUAACAAGAGAAAACAGGUUUCUAGCGAUGUGUUCACAGAGGAGGAGAAAACAUGGACCAAUCACAUUCAGGAGAAUACCAGUAAUAUGAACGGAAAUACCUGUGGACAGGAGAAUGGAUUCCACUCAGAGAGCCAUGCAGUCACAUGCAAAAGAAUUAGAACAUAAAGAGAUUUUUUUUUUUAACUUAAACACAAGUACAUGCUUGGGUAUAACAGAAUGAAUGUGGACUUUUCUGUAUUUUACUCUGUUUUUAAUUUCAAUAUAUUUUAUUGAAAUGUUAACUAUUUCCAUGUUUUAAUGGCUAUAAUUUAUAGCAAAUAUGUUAACCCUCUUAAGGUUUAUAUAUUUAUGUAAGAAACGAGCAGGUAAUAUAUGAUAAUGUAUUCUACUGCAUCAAUAAAUGCAAUAUCUAGCGCUGCGGAAUCUGUUGGUGCCCUACAAAUAAAUGAUAAUAAUAAAAUAAUAAUAAUAUCUUUGUCUCUCAACUAUGCCAUGAGGUUUGGUAACUUUAUCUAGUAAAAUACACAGUGUAGUUGUGUAACUUACCCUUCUGUAGUAAUGCGUGCAGAAUGUAAUACUAAUCUACUGAAUAUUAAAUUAUUUAUAUGAACAAAUGUACACAUGAUUUAACAUGGUUUACAAAAUAUGUUCCUAUGACUCAAAGAUAAUCUUGAAUGCUAUUUGUGAUGUUUUGUUUUACAAUUAUAAUAUGUCUUUAUGAAGCAGAGUAAAAUAUAUUUAACAAUCA